AUUUGUUUGCGACAUAUUAUUUCAGAUUCUGAAGCCUAAACAUAGGGAGAUUUUCUUCCUUGAUUCUAUCAAUGGCACUGGCUUCACUGAUGAAAACCGCAUCAGAACAUUAAGGUUUUAUAGGAAUAAGUUUGAGUGUGGCAUGUGUUCAAUAUGUUGUUCCGUUGUUCCACGGAGGCAAAGGUUCAGCAUUAAUCUUCAUUUUUAUGUAACAGUAAAUAUACAAAUUGAAUUUGUGAAUAACAUUUUAAUGUCUGAAAUUUGAUAAGACACACAUUUUGUAAGCAGUUUCUUGUUUCUUUUUAACAAAGACAUGGGUUAAAGCUGGACCAUCAAGAGACCGUUCUGUCUCACAUCUGUCUUGCAUUUUCAUACAUCUUUAUAAUUUUUAUGUUGUGAAAUAUACCCUUGCUAAUUUUUAACUUCUCUUAUGAUUUGCAUCAUCAGAGAAGUCUGUCUUCAGAUGUCAUCUGGUCCAUGGACAGAAUUUGUUGGCAACGAUGUUGAGGGAUUGCCGAAACAAGGACUGUCCAACAACUGUGGAAUGUUUGUAGUGAUGUAUGCACUGUACUUUGUGAUGGGAGCAUCAUUUGAUUUCAGCGAGAAUGAUAUGAUGACAAUACGAAGAUGGUGGUCUCUCACUCUCUUGACAAACUUCCCUGUGAAGUCCAGAGAAGAACUGCAAAAGGAGAGAAAGCGGAAAAAAGUUGAGGAAAGGGAAAAAUGUGAGACUCUGUUUGCUGAUGACCACAACUAUGCCAAAGCAACCGAGGCACAAAUUGAGGUACAAAGUAUACCGCCAAUCUUACAGAUGCCUUUGAUUGUCCUGGAAGCUAUUCUCCAGGAGGUAAUACUGGCACAGGGAGACACAGCUUACCUCACGUUGGCAUUGACAUGCAAGUCCUUUGAAGCCAUUGUGUCUGACCCAGUGUUCAGGAAGAAGACUCACUUUGCUUGGUUGGAUGGUGAGAUCAACUGGGAAAAUUUUUCUGAAUCAUUCAAGGCAGAAAACAGGAUUCCUUUUGCGGUUAUCCAAUGUUCUUCCUGUAACCGGCAGUAUAAAGACUCUGUGGGCUUCACCGGGCAUGGAAGACGAGGAGAGUUCCCUCGUUACUAUUGUGAUGGCAUACCUGGACACUGCCCUGAAUGCCAGUACUAAAUGCAAGGAAGAUAUUAGUUUUUUUUCUUUUUUUUUUAUGAUGAAGCACAUUUGCCUUUUUUCUUGUUCAGUCAUUUGUUUUUGAAAUAUGUUAAUAAAAUAUUAUGUACAUUUUUGAAUGUUACUUUUGUUGUAACUCAUUUGAUUGAAAUUAUUUAGUUUUUAUAGAAAUGGUGUCAUUUCCACACAGUUACAUUGUGGCUGUAUUUUGUUGUAGAGUAGAGCCAAUAAAAUGGUUGUAAAUAUAUUG